AUGAGGCCUAUCUUGCUGUCGGGCCAUGAACGGUCCCUGAACCAAAUCAAAUUCAACCGUGAUGGCGAUCUCCUCUUCUCGGUCGCAAAGGAUAAAAUUGUGUGCGCUUGGUGGUCCGCCAACGGCGAGCGUCUGGGAACCUACAACGGUCACCAGGGUGCCAUCUGGACAGUCGACGUCAGCCCCAACACCGUUCUCCUCGCUACCGGAUCCGCAGAUAACACCGUACGACUAUGGAAUGUGAAAUCGGGCGAAUGCGUGAAGGUCUGGGAUUUCCCCACCGCCGUGAAGCGGGUCGAGUUCUCGCCGGAUGGUAGCAGAUUGUUGGCCGUGACGGAGAAGCGUAUGGGCUUCCUGGGUACCAUCGCAGUGCUCGACAUUGCCUACGGCGACGGUCAGGGUGGAAACCUCGAGGCGCAGGCCGAGGAACCGACCUUGAAGAUCACCUGCACAGAGGCCAAGGCGACAGUUGCAGGAUGGAGUUAUCUGGGCAAGUUCAUUAUUGCUGGUCACGAGGACGGCAGCGUCAGCCAGUACGACUCGAAGACCGGUGACCAGGUCGAGAACGUCCAGGCCCACGAGUUUGACCACCAGAUCAACGACAUCCAGUUCUCCGCCGACCGCACCUACUUCAUUACCGCAUCAAAAGACAAGACUGCCAAGCUCAUGUCCACCCGUAACCUCGCCAUCCUCAAGACCUACGUUUCCGACACUCCCCUCAACAGCGCAACCAUCACACCCAAGAAGGAAUAUGUGAUCCUGGGAGGUGGUCAGGCCGCCAUGGAUGUCACCACCACCUCCGCUCGCCAGGGUAAAUUUGAGGCUCGUUUCUACCACAAGAUCUUCGAGGACGAAAUCGGUCGUGUCCGUGGUCACUUCGGUCCCCUCAACACCGUCGGUGUCCACCCCAAGGGCACAGCAUACGCCUCUGGUGGUGAGGACGGUUAUGUCCGUGUGCACCACUUUGACAAGCCCUACUUUGAUUUCCUGUACGAGGUCGAGCGCGAGCAGCUGAAGCGGUAA